UUUGUAUUUUGCAUUUGUAAUUGCAUGCAAAACAACCAAAACACUUACCUAUAUAGCCAUUGGUACGGAGAGAUACAAGUACUAAGCAGACGAUGUCCGGCCAGCAGCAAGCCACUUCGGUGUUGGUGUUUUUUGUGAAUGGAAAGAAGGUAACGGACACAAAUCCCGAUCCGGAAUGCACACUCCUCACAUACCUGCGGGAGAAGCUGCGCCUGUGCGGCACGAAGCUGGGAUGUGCCGAGGGUGGCUGCGGCGCCUGCACAGUGAUGAUCUCACGCAUGGAUCGUGCUCAGCAUAAGAUCAGACAUCUGGCAGUCAAUGCUUGUCUGACGCCCGUGUGUGCCAUGCAUGGGUGUGCCGUGACCACGGUGGAGGGCAUCGGCAGCACCAGAACUCGGCUGCAUCCGGUGCAGGAGCGGCUGGCCAAGGCGCACGGAUCGCAGUGUGGUUUCUGCACGCCGGGCAUAGUGAUGUCCAUGUACGCGCUGCUGCGAAAUGCCGAACAACCUUCGAUGCGGGAUUUGGAGGUGGCGUUUCAGGGUAAUCUUUGCCGCUGCACCGGCUACCGGCCCAUCCUCGAGGGCUACAAGACCUUCACCAAGGAGUUUGCCUGCGGCAUGGGUGACAAGUGCUGCCGAGUCAAUGGCAAGGGAUGUGGCGGAGGCGAUGAUCCCGAAUCCGUGACGGAUGACACUCUGUUUGAGCGCAGCAAGUUCCAGCCUUUGGAUGCCAGCCAGGAGCCCAUUUUCCCACCCGAACUGCAGCUGAGCGACGCCUAUGACACCGAGAGUUUGGUCUUCAGCUCGGAGCGUGUCACCUGGUACCGUCCGACGACGCUGCAGGAGCUGCUCCAGCUGAAGGCCGCUCAUCCAGCGGCCAAGCUGGUGGUGGGCAACACGGAGGUCGGCGUGGAGGUGAAGUUCAAGCAUUUUCUCUACCCGCACCUGAUCAAUCCCACGCUGGUUGCCGAGCUGCUGGAGGUGCGCGAGUCGGAGGAGAGCAUUUACUUUGGGGCCGCCGUCAGCCUGAUGGAGAUUGACGCGCUGCUCCGCCAACGCAUUGAGGAGCUGCCGGAGGCGCAGACACGCCUCUUCCAGUGCACCGUGGACAUGCUGCACUACUUUGCCGGCAAGCAGAUACGCAAUGUGGCCUGUCUGGGUGGCAACAUCAUGACGGGCAGCCCCAUUUCGGACAUGAAUCCCGUGCUGACGGCCGCCGGCGCUCGCCUGGAGGUGGCCAGCAUUGUGGAGGGUAAAAUAAGCCAGCGGACUGUCCACAUGGGCACUGGCUUCUUCACCGGCUAUCGGCGCAAUGUCAUCGAGCCGCAGGAAGUUUUGCUGGGCAUUCACUUCCAGAAGACGACGCCGGAUCAGCAUGUGGUGGCCUUCAAGCAGGCUCGCCGACGCGACGAUGACAUUGCCAUUGUCAAUGCGGCAGUUAAUGUCCGCUUUGAGCCAAAGUCCAAUGUGGUGGCGGAGAUUUCCAUGGCAUUCGGCGGCAUGGCACCCACAACGGUGCUGGCACCUCGCACCUCCCAAUUGAUGGUCAAGCAGCCACUGGAUCAUCAGCUGCUGGAGCGCGUGGCGGAGAGUCUGUGCGGAGAGCUGCCGCUAGCGGCAUCCGCACCGGGUGGCAUGAUUGCCUAUCGUCGCGCUCUGGUGGUCAGCCUGAUCUUCAAGGCCUACCUCGCCAUCAGUCGCAAGCUGAGCGAAGCGGGCAUCAUAUCUGGAGAAGUUAUUCCCCCAAAGGAGCGCAGCGGCGCUGAGCUCUUUCACACUCCCACGCUGCGUAGUGCGCAGCUGUUCGAGCGCGUCUGCAGCGAUCAGCCCGUGUGUGAUCCCAUUGGCAGGCCGGAGGUGCAUGCCGCUGCCCUGAAACAGGCGACAGGUGAGGCCAUCUACACGGACGACAUUCCACGCAUGGAUGGCGAACUCUAUCUGGGUUUCGUGCUGAGCACAAAGCCUCGGGCAAAGAUCGCCAAACUGGAUGCCAGCGCGGCGCUGGCGCUGGAGGGAGUGCACGCGUUCUUCAGCCACAAGGAUCUGUCGGUGCACGAGAACGAGGUGGGUCCGGUGUUCCACGAUGAGCACGUGUUCGCGGCCGGCGAGGUGCACUGCUACGGCCAGAUCGUGGGCGCCGUGGCGGCGGACAACAAAGCGCUGGCACAGCGUGCAGCGCGGCUCGUGCGUGUAGAGUACGAAGACCUUUCGCCAGUGAUUGUCACCAUUGAGCAGGCCAUUGAGCAUGGAUCCUACUUUCCGGACUAUCCGCGCUAUGUGACCAAGGGCAAUGUGGCAGAGGCCUUCGCUCAGGCGGAGCACACCUACGAGGGCAGCUGUCGCAUGGGCGGCCAGGAGCACUUCUAUCUGGAGACGCACGCGGCUCUGGCCGUUCCUCGUGACAGCGACGAGCUGGAGCUUUUCUGCUCCAGCCAGCAUCCGUCGGAGGUGCAGAAGCUGGUGGCUCACGUGACCUCGCUGCCCGCACACCGCGUGGUGUGCCGGGCCAAGCGUCUGGGUGGUGGCUUUGGCGGCAAGGAAUCGCGUGGCAUAUCCGUGGCACUGCCCGUGGCCUUGGCAGCCUAUCGGUUGCGUCGCCCCGUGCGCUGCAUGCUGGAUCGCGACGAGGAUAUGCUGAUCACCGGCACACGCCAUCCCUUCCUCUUCAAGUACAAGGUGGCGUUCAGCAGCGACGGCCUCAUCACAGCCUGUGACAUUGAGUGCUACAACAAUGCUGGCUGGUCCAUGGAUUUGUCGUUUUCGGUCUUGGAGCGUGCGAUGUACCACUUUGAGAACUGCUACCGCAUACCCAAUGUUCGCGUGGGGGGCUGGGUCUGCAAAACGAAUCUGCCCUCGAACACGGCCUUCAGGGGCUUUGGCGGACCGCAGGGCAUGUUUGCCGGCGAGCAUAUCAUCAGGGACGUCGCACGGAUCGUGGGCCGCGAUGUGCUGGAUGUGAUGCGUCUGAAUUUCUAUAGGACAGGCGACACCACGCACUACAACCAACAGCUGGAGCACUUUCCCAUCGAACGCUGCCUCGAUGACUGCCUCACGCAGUCGCGCUACCACGAGAGGAGUGCAGAGAUUGCAAAAUUCAACCGGGAGAAUCGUUGGCGCAAGCGCGGCGUGGCCGUGAUUCCCACCAAGUAUGGCAUUGCCUUUGGGGUGAUGCAUCUGAACCAGGCGGGCGCCCUGAUCAAUGUCUACGGCGAUGGCUCGGUGCUGCUGUCGCACGGCGGCGUCGAGAUUGGCCAAGGUCUCAACACCAAGAUGAUUCAGUGUGCUGCCCGAGCGCUGGGCAUACCCUCGGAGCUGAUUCACAUUUCAGAGACGGCCACGGACAAGGUGCCCAACACCUCACCCACGGCGGCCAGUGUUGGCUCGGACAUCAAUGGCAUGGCCGUGCUGGACGCCUGCGAGAAGCUGAACAAACGUCUGGCGCCGAUUAAGGAAGCCCUGCCGCAGGGCACAUGGCAGGAGUGGAUCAACAAGGCGUACUUCGAUCGGGUUAGCCUCUCGGCCACGGGCUUCUAUGCCAUGCCAGGCAUUGGCUACCAUCCGGAGACGAAUCCCAAUGCUCGCACCUACAGCUACUACACCAACGGUGUGGGCAUCAGCGUGGUGGAGAUCGACUGCCUGACGGGCGAUCACCAAGUGCUCAGCACGGACAUUGUCAUGGAUAUUGGUUCGAGCAUCAAUCCGGCCAUUGACAUUGGCCAGAUCGAGGGCGCCUUCAUGCAGGGCUACGGGCUGUUUACGCUCGAGGAGCUCAUGUACUCGCCGCAGGGCAUGCUCUAUUCCCGAGGGCCUGGCAUGUACAAGCUGCCCGGCUUUGCCGACAUUCCCGGCGACUUUAAUGUCAGCCUGUUGACGGGUGCACCCAAUCCGCGUGCGGUCUACUCCUCUAAGGCCGUUGGGGAGCCACCGCUCUUCAUAGGCGCCUCAGCAUUCUUUGCCAUCAAGGAGGCCAUUGCCGCCGCUCGCCAGGAGCACGGCCUGACUGGGGACUUUCCGCUGGAGGCGCCCGCCACCUCUGCCCGCAUACGCAUGGCCUGCCAGGAUAAAUUUACUAAUCUGCUGGAAGUACCCGAGGCAGGCAGCUUUACACCUUGGAAUAUUGUGCCAUAAUUAUCUAGCGACAUUUGGGAUUUUUACUACACGUGACUUUGUACAUAGUUCAAUUAAAUAAAUGUUUUUUGUUAAUUAUUAGCAA